UGCAAGAACAUAGAUUCCAAGAUCGUCGGUUCCAAGAGUCCCAGAGGUCUCACCAAAAGGAAAAUCGCCCCUAAAAACCUGCUGGCAGAACUGUUCCAGCACCCCGAGUUUAAUGAGGCUCAGCCCAACGAGCUCCCGAACGGGGUGGUCUUCCUGGAUAUGGUCAGAAACUUGAUCCUGGCGGAGCGGAGCCCCCUGACUGGCAAGACAUUUUGUGUUGAAAAAGAAUUGGAGAAGUUUUUCUUAUCUCCUUCUGUGAAGGCCAUAUGGCUGGACAGCUUCUGGUGGAUCUUCCACGAAAGGUACAAGCCCGACAAGGAGAUCCAGAACAAGCUGUUCGACCGGAUUGCCCUGAACUAUGCCUCCCUUUUAUUUUUUGGCCCUGGUACCUUCUAUGAGAGGGCGAUCCUAAAGAGACUGCCCAUGCUCCUGAGCAAGGCCCUCUAUACCAGCUUCUGCUGCUGCUUCUCCCAGUCCUGGCUCAGCACCCACGAGUUUAAGUCUUCCAUCUGCGACACCAUGGGCCUGUGGUUCUCAGGGAUCUACCCCAGCCCUCAGAGCUAUAGCAACUGGAACUACGCGAAACUGGACCCCGAGAGACACCGGAGAGAAGAGUUAAUGAGUCUGAGCAAAUACAUGAUGAAGGGCCACCGUGGGGGCAUAAGCAGUGAGAGACCUGUUUCAUCUGGGACCAAGUCAGAAGACAGCUAUCGGACCCAGGACACCUACACCCCAAAAGAGCCUCGUCGGCAGACCCUGGUCUCGAGGAAAGCUACACAGCAAGUGAAGAAUAUCUCGGAAGCGCGGUGGCAGGCCGAGAGUGUUUCCAAGCAGUCUCACCCGGCCUGCAAAAAUCCCAAGAUGGAGAAGUACCUGUUCAACGUUUGCGCCAAGAGCCCCCUGAUCCUGCACUUCCUGCUCAGAUACACCAGCAUGGCCCAGCACGGGGAGGACGUGCUCAUCACCCGCUGGGAGCCGGGCCGGAUGCUGCCUGAGACCUCGCUGACCUACCGCGACAUCAUCAGGCUGGUGCUGAGCAACAUGAUGAGGCGAAGGAACAGAGUCACGCAGCUGCACCAGAUGCACCAGCAGGGGUGGCAGAACUUCGACAGGCACCUCCGGGAGCUGUGGAAAAACUUCCAGAGGGAGUUGAAGACUAUUGACCAGAAAGAAGCUGAGAUGAGAAAGAAAGCUCACAGGUUCAUCAUGUCUCAGAGCUCUGCGAAACCAGCCAUCAGGCCCACCAGGGAGAGCUACCUGAAAGAGAUCGACUUUAUCUUAAGGCGCUACCACUCAAGAAACCCGCGCUAA